CGGAUAUGAGAAGAUAUCCUACCCUCAGACUCAUUCAUUCGCUUUCCAGGGACCCAUUCAGGAGGGCCCCAGUUUCGUUCACUCAGAACCUGGAGACUCGGAGGACAGGGCUCUUUGGAGUCUCAGUCCUCGCCGGUCAAGAAUGCAAGCAGCGAUUUUCACAGUGAUUCUUCUGUCUCUCUCAGUUUUAUUCGUUGAGCUGUCGGCAGUGAAUCCAGCGAUAUUUAAUAUCCUGGCGAGGAACAUUCACGGGCGGAACCCCUACAGCUCGUACAACCCGUACAACCCAUUCAGCAUUGAUGGUUCGAGAAAUCCGGGGAGCGAAUUCGCUCGUCGACGAAAAUGGCACUUGGACCACUUUCAAGAAUCCGAGUCGUCGUCUUCGGCGGAGGAGAUGAGAUACUCUGAGGGGAACGAUGGAACGGAAGCCUCCGUCGAGGGUGAAGAGAACGCGGAGGAAGCAUCGACGGAAGGAGUUUUCAUGCGCAAAAUUGUGAUGGCAUCGGGAGCGCAUAUUGUCAGGGACUCGUGGUGUCUCGUCAGUGAUUCUAAUAAUUGUAUACCUGCUUUAUGAGGAAAACCGUGAUUUGAUUCUUCGAGAAUAGAGAAACGCACAUUCAA